GAUCGUCUCCUGCAGCAAAGAGAACUGCCAUGUCUCUCUCUCUCCAUCUGUAAUUCUCUCCCUUCCGAAGCUCCAUCUCCAUAAUCAAUGGCCUCCAAGAUUCUUCCUCAGGCCGUAUGUUCGAUUCCGAGAAAUCCCAAGCAAUGUGCGCCGCGGAAACUAGGGUUUUGUUCCGCAAUUUCUUGUAGUACUCAGGUUUCGUUUUCUGCUAUUUCGUCGCGGUCGAGCUCAAUUGGAUGCCAUUUCCACCGCUCUGUUGCGGCGCCGCUCAAGCGGGAUUUUGUUGUCAGAGCUGAGGCGGAUUCUGAAGCGGAACCGGAGGCGGCGAGUGAUGAGCAAGAGGUUGAAGAAGCUCCCGAAGCAAUUGCGGAGUCGGAGCCGCCGAGGAAGCCUCGAGUCAAGCUUGGAGAUGUAAUGGGGAUACUUAAUAAGCGGGCAGUUGAGGCAUCAGAGAAAGAAAGGCCUGUUCCAGACAUUAGAACUGGUGACAUUGUGGAAAUUAAACUGGAAGUCCCAGAAAAUAAGCGUAGGCUUUCUGUUUAUAGAGGAAUUGUCAUGUCAAGACAAAAUGCUGGCAUCCACACUACAAUUAGAAUUCGCAGAAUUAUUGCUGGUGUAGGUGUGGAGAUUGUAUUUCCGCUGUACUCACCAAACAUCAAAGAAAUAAAAGUGGUGAGCCACAGGAAGGUGAGGAGGGCAAGGUUGUAUUAUUUGAGAGACAAACUCCCAAGACUCUCUACCUUCAAGUGAAACACCCCUAAUGGCAUCUCUUUACACUUUUGCCUUCCUGUCGAACGUCAACGUGUUGUAUCUUGUUAUAAUUCAAAAUUUCACGUUUCUUUUUUUUCUGGGAUCGGACAUUAUUCUUCUGUGUUUACGUUAUCCCGCUCUCCCCUAUUAACAUUUACUAGUUAAAUUAUAAGUAUGAGAAGCAGGGGUCUAAUGAAACAUACUGUCCUGGAUUCACAAUCUCGCACCUGUCUGCAAGCUUCUUUACCAAUGCCAAUGCAAUGUCUUGCCUUCU